AUGUUCUAUUUUGCCCUAAUUUGGCAAAUAGCGAGCGUUGUAUCAGUUCUCGAAGCGGAUUCGUAUGGAUUUGAGGCCAUUGCUAGAAGUAAGGAAUUGCUUAACGGCAAAAUGGCGAUGGCUUCGAUUCUUCUGAUUUUGAUCGGUCUUCCUUUUGGAGUGAUUUUGUUUGUGAUUCGUUAUGUGGUGGUUGCUGAAUCGGCGUUGGUGGAGGUAGGAAUCAGAGGAAGUUUGGGGAUUGUUUGGAUGUGGUGUUUUUUGAUGUUCUUGUUGAUUGGAACUGUGUUAUAUUUGGUCUGCAAAUCGUGCCAUCGUGAGCGCAUUGACAAACUGGAGCUCUUUGUUCAUCUUCAACAAUCCCUUGAGUCUAAGACUGAACCUUUGACCUUAGAAUAA